CAAAAAUAAGCAUUUUAAACAGGAAAAAUGCCAAAUUUUUCAAAAUUGACACAAUUGAGGGGCUUCCAGCUAUAUCUCUUGAAGGGAUCGUUGCACCGCUCGUACUCUUCAUCGCCAGCCAAUGCACAAUUUCGCGAAAUAAUCUCUGAGCAAAUUAAGUCGAUCAAAGAGGCUGGCACAUAUAAAUCGGAACGUGUUAUCACUUCAUCCCAGAGCACUCAAAUUACUGUGGAGGGCAGUAACAAAAACAUUUUGAACUUUUGUGCCAAUAACUAUUUGGGUUUAGCUAACAACCCCGAAGUUAUUAAAUAUUCCAAUGAAAUUCUCUCGAAAUAUGGUGCCGGUCUGAGUUCGGUGCGUUUUAUUUGCGGAACCCAGGACAUUCACAAGAAUUUGGAAAAGAAAAUUGCCCAAUUUCAUGGACGCGAAGAUACAAUUCUUUAUGCCUCAUGCUUUGAUGCCAAUGCUGGUCUUUUUGAGGCAAUUCUAACUCCUGAAGACGCUGUAUUUUCGGAUGAACUUAAUCAUGCUUCCAUUAUCGAUGGUAUUCGUUUGUGUAAGGCCCAGAAGAGUCGCUACAAGCAUCGUGACUUGAAUGAUUUGGAAAAUCAAUUGAAAUCAUCGACUGCUCGCCUUAAGCUGAUUGUUACCGAUGGUGUCUUCUCUAUGGAUGGUAAUAUUGCACCGCUCAAAGAAAUUGUUGCCUUGGCCAAGAAAUACAACGCCUUAACAUUCAUCGAUGAAUGUCAUGCUACCGGUUUCUUGGGUAAAACUGGACGCGGUACUGAAGAAUAUUGUGAAGUUAUGGGCAGCGUUGAUAUUAUCAAUUCUACUUUGGGUAAAGCUUUGGGUGGUGCUGCCGGUGGCUAUACCACAGGUCCCAAAGAACUUAUCACAUUCUUGAGACAAAAAUCUCGUCCAUACCUAUUCUCCAAUACAUUACCACCAGCUGUUGUUGCCACAGGUACCAAAGUUUUGGAUAUGCUCUUGAAGUCAAGUGAAUUGACGGAAAAGGUACAAACUAACACCAAACAUUUCCGUGAUGCCAUGACAAAGGCCGGUUUUACAAUUGCCGGUGAAAAUCAUCCCAUUUGUCCCGUUAUGUUGGGCGAUGCACGUUUGGCCUCAAUUUUCGCCGAUGAAAUGUUGAAACGUGGCAUUUAUGUUAUUGGUUUCAGCUACCCUGUAGUACCCAAGGGUAAAGCCCGCAUUCGUGUCCAAAUUUCUGCUGCACAUACCAAAGAUGAUAUUGAUCAUGCCAUUGCUGCCUUCACUGAAGUUGGAAAAUCACUGAAAGUAAUUCAGUAA